AUGACCCGAAUUGAAAUCGCCAAAUCCCAACAUGGCAAGUUGAACAAAAAUCCUCUUUGCAUAAAUCAGUCAAUCAUACGCAACCCAGAAAAAACCCCAAACCAAAAAUCGCAGAAAUUCGAUUAUACAAAUCUAGGGUUUCAGAAAUCGCGAAGGGAAUUCCUGUUUGUUGCUUCCAACAUGAGUCUCACCCAAUUCUCAAUGGUUGAAGAAUUAGCUUUUCUAGUAAAAGACAAUCUUCCUUGCAAGCACCUUGUUCUAUCAAUGGAAGAUAUGCUAGUCGAUUUCCUUCAAGAUGAUACGAGCUUAGAUGAAGAGCUAGAGUUACAGCCAAUGAAUCCCUACAAUCGUCUUCUCCUACAUCGCCUUGCUGAUAUUUUUGGAUUUUCUCACCAAUCUAUAGGUGAAGGAGAUGAAAGACAUCUUGUUUUAAAGCGUUGUGAGGACACAUCAAUGCCUUCCAUUCUUGUUUCAGAUAUGUUAUGGGAGCAUGAUGAAUACCAAUCUCCAAUCACAUCACAACUCUUAUCAAGACGAGAAGAUGGUUCUCCCGGGACAAAAGUGGAAACUUUAUCUUUAGCUCAUGUAUCUCUAGAGGACAGAGAGGCAGCUUACCUGGCAGCCCGAAACCGUAUUUUCUCAACAGAAGAUGAUGACGUGGCAUCACUUGAUAAAAAUAGGCCUCGAAAUAAUCCGAUUGUUGCUCGACGUAUGAUCGCACAUGCACUUGGUCAAAAAGUCAAACAAUCUAAUCAAGAAGGGUUGAAAAGUCAAAAGGGUGGUCAAAGUCAAACCGUUGGUCCAAGCUUGCAAUUGCAAACUCGUCCGAAGUCAAACGGUCAAAGUCAAACUAAGAUAUAUUCAAAUAAGAAGUUUCAAAGGGUACCCAAAUUAAGCAAAAUGACAAUCUUACCCCUUAGCUUAGGGCAUUUCAUACUUGAAACCAACAAAAGGAAAAUAGAAUGUUUUUGAUGAUUCCUCUAUUCUUAGAAGACGUAUUACAACAAGUUAACCACAAGAUCUUACUCUAAAAUCAUGCGAAAAAAGAAGGUGAAAUUUGGGAAGUGGAUCUUUCGAUGUUGAAGAAAAAUUUGCAAAUGAUGUCUUGAUGUAGGGCAUUGGAAAAUGGUGAAUAUUUGCAAGAAAAGUUUUGCCCUCUGUUUUUGUGUUCAAUUUUAGCAAUGUUUUUAAGCUAAGUUUUUAUAAUGAUGUUAUGGUGAAAAGAGGGUGAACUUAUGUCCUUUGUAUAAUACAAGAUGUGCAUGUGAUAUUGAAGUUGGAAUUUACCUUCUCUUUAAUAUUUAUUUUG